UAUGAAAAGCCUAUUUCCUAAGUGUAAUUAAUUAAUUUCAGUGGCUGCUGCUGCUGCGCUGCAGACUGCAGAAUUUGCAUUGGCAUCCCCACAUCCAUCCAUCCAUUCGUUCAUUCGAAUCAGUUUAUCUUUUGCCCUGUCGUCGUGUGCACGUUUCAAAACCGAUUAAAAUCGGGGACUAUUCAAAAGAUUUCUUCGAUAUAUAUAUUUUGGAAUAAAAAGAGUUGGUAGAAAAUAAAUCUUUAAAACUGGACAACAUUUUUGAGGACUGUCAGCAGCGGCAGCAAUUUCACAAAAUGUCUCACGGCGAGCGAAAAGGUCGCCUCAAUGUGGUCAAGUUCCUGGAGUUGGGUUUUGCCGUGGCGUGUCUAGUGCUACAUUUCUAUAGCUUUAAUGAUCGGGAUAUAAUGACAUCGUUUCUGGCCACAGGUACCUUUACGGGCUAUAUAAUAGUGGUAAUUGGAGUAUUUGCAGGGGUUUUAAUGCGUGCACCCAUACACAAACGCAUCGAUAUUUUCUUCAGUGUCCUUGGCUGCACUCUAUUUGUGGCCAGCGGUGUAUUCAUCAUCGAAGCCUGGGAGUUUUCCUUCAGAACUCGAACCCGAGACUUGGCCCUCAUCAAGGCCUCGCUAUCCAUUGUGAAUGGUGUACUCUUUGGAUUCGAUGCCGUCUUUACAUUUCGCGAUAAAUGAGUCCGAGAUGAUCAAGGGAGGAGGAAACCGGCCUAAUCAUUUAUCAUCAUUGAAAAACAACAAUUAUAUCGCAUCGUAAACAUACCUAAAGCCAUAAUAUUAAAAGUUUUGGAAUAACAGCUUGAGGAGAGCUUCUUUUAAUGCAUUUAAUAGUUGUAAGUCUACCGAAUAUUCUUUCUCUGCUUCUAUUUAUAAUUUCGAAAAACACAUACAUCCGUUUAACGUUAAUAUAUUUGUAUAUUUAAGCAUAUUUUUCUUUUUUUUUUUUGUUUG